GGCUGCCGCCCGCCGCUUCCGGUGCCUGCCUCCGCGAAGGAGCAAGCGCGGCAGGGCCGGCGGCACCUCAGGGGAGAAAAGCCGGGAGCUUCGCGAGGUGGAGGUCGGGGAAGAGGAGGAGGUUGCGCCGGCCCGACGGGGGCGUCUGCGUCGUCUGCGUGGUUCUCCCGGGCCCUACGAGCGCUCGGCGGGGGAAGAAGGGGCGAGUUUUAUCUACGGGGUUUCCCGGGCGGAGACGCAGCUGAGGUAAAAAGAGCAGGGGCGCUGGCGGGAAGCGCCUUUAUCUGUCUGAGGAGCGGCAGAGGGACCUAGUCCCGCCUCUCCCGUUAAAGCUCUUCUUCUCCGCCGCAUUCAAACACCUCGCUCCCCUAAUCUGACAGUUUAUAAAAUCCCCGUCUCUCCCGUUAAUAUUGCAGCUAAACCGCUUUCAGGUGUUGAGGCUUCCCCCUCCCCGCCCCCCUCACAAUCAAGCGGUGUAUAAAAUUUUAGGAAACGAAACAAGCGGUUGUUUGUAACCCGGAUGUUGAUGCUUGUAUAUAGAGAAUGAAUCGAGGCGUUCCUUGCCCUGACUUUGGGUCCGCCUUGUUUCGUUUUCAGACGACAUUACAGCUCUUUAUAUUGUGUGUUGGAAAAAAUGUUAAGGUUAAAUUUAUAUACCGCCCUUUAUCCGAAGAGCACGGGCGUUUUGCAGCAGAAAAACAUAAUACAUAACAACGAAGCAAAUACACUUCCCACUCCUGCCUAUUACAGUAUUUCAAUCAUCAUCUCCUAGUUUCCACCCCAGUUUUGGUUUGGUUAUUUAUGUUUUUUGUCGGUUUGUGCUAUUAAGAUAGGCUUGUAUUAUAACAUUGCAAAACCCAGUGCUUCCCCCCCCCCUUUUUUAAAAAGGUAUGGGGGCUCUCCUUUUGACUCAAGAAAAUCACCAUCAGGAAAAAUAAAUACAGUAAAUGGACCAAAGUACAAAGAUUCACAAAGUGUUUAGGGGUAUGCGUACCCCUGCGUCCCUCCAGAAAAAAGCACUGGCAAAACCUAAUAAAAAAUACUUUUAAAAAAACACAUGACACAGAUCAACGCAUAGUGUGAAGAGCUUUGUACAAAUUAAACGUGUAAUCAUCAUCGUCAUAAUUUUAUUAUUUAUACCCCCGCCUAUCUGGCCGUUUCCCCCCAGCCACCUUGUUAGGUAGCCACACACAUGCGCCUGAUGUCAUGGGUUGCAAACACAUAAGAACACAACACCAAAAAAAGUCUUGUUGGAUCAAACCGAAAGGCUCAUCUAGUCCAGCAUCCUGUUCUUACAGUGGCCAGCCCAAUGCCUCUCAUUCUGGAGGUAGCCUUAUGCUUGGUAGCUCCUGGUAGCCUUAUCCUCCAUGAAUUUGUCUAAAAACUUUCGAAGCCGUCUAAGAGGAUGUCAUUAUUGCAUCUUUUGGCAUUACUUGGAGUUCCUGGACCAAGGUCAGGGUGUUAAACGUUGGUAUAUACCAUAGUUUUCUGUGUAUAAGACACUUUAUACACAGAAACCCCCAACAAUUGGGGGUUGUCUUAUACACAGAUAGUGCAGGGGGCGGGGACGGGCGAUUGGUUGCAGCCGCGAGCAGGAAAUUGUCAGUGGCGAUUGGGCGCAUGAUUGGUGGCUGCUGGCGUUGAGCAGGGAGACGAUUGGUGACUUUGGCAACACCUGCGAUUGGCAGUGCAGUGUCAGUCAGGUGGGUGUGCGAUUUUCGGCAAUCCCCCCUCCCAAAAAAAGCUCAACAACUCAUGGCAAUCCCCCCAACAAUAGCUCAACAACUCUGGGCAAUCUCCCCCCAUUUUCUUUAUUUGGAGUCCCCAAAAAUAGGUGUUGUCUUAUACACGGGGGCGUGUUAUACACGGAAAAAUACGGUAGUAUAGCUUGAGACCAGAACAGUGUGGGGCUUGAGAAAUAACCUUGCCCCAGAUAUGACUUUAGUCUAUGGAACUUGCACUGUUAGAGAUGCUAAAUAACCCUAGCCGCGCACUUAGUGCGGUGGCAUCUACACUUUGAAACUGCUCACCUAUAAACACCAGACAGGCGCCUUCACUGCAAUCUUGUUUUAUUUUCUGUAAAUUGGUUAGAGGUUUUAUUUACAAUCAAGAAGUAAAUACAUUGUUUUAAAGAAAAUAAUUAUAAGCUGCAACUUUCUUGAGUAACUUGAGUUAGUUACUGGGACUGUGUCAGAUUCAAAAGUCUUGCAACCUAUAUUCUAAAUGCACAGUAUUAUUUCCAGAAACUGUUUUAUUUUUGCUAAGAAUAAGGUGACAGAUUUCCUCUUAAGAAACUUGUACUUUUCAAGGGGGGCAUAUAUUUGUUUAAAGUUCUGCUCUUUCAUUAUUUAUUUUCAUUUAAAGAUACUGCUAUGGCUGCUACUCUGAACUUGGAGCUAGACCCCAUAUUCCUGAAAGCCCUGGGCUUUCUGCAUUCAAAGAGCAAGGAUUCAGCUGAAAAGCUAAAAGCUCUACUGGAUGAAUCUUUGUCUAGGGGGAUUGACUAUCGCCCAUCACAGAAGGUACUGGAGUGAAUGAAUGAAAUGUGUUCGAUAUAUUUGUGCUAUAUAUAACUUCUGAAAUGGGAGGCUCUUUCCUAUUACUUGAGGAAGCCAGUAAGAAUUGAAAAGAACUUCAAAAAUAAUCAGUAUCUACUUUUAUUUGUCCAUACAUUUGCAUUCUGAUCCAGUACAUGUAUAUUCAGAGGUGAGCCCCACUGGGUUCAACGGGCUUAUUUCUUGUUAAGACUGCUUGGGACUUAGAAUCCUAUUCCGAAUAUUAGAAAUCAAUGAAAAAUAGAAUUUGUAGCCGGAGAGCAGAAUGUGGCUCAAGUAAGUAAGGAGCGGUGGUGGUGCUAUGAGUCAUGUUUCAGGUUCUUUAAAGCACAGGAACAAGAACUGUUAUAACAGACCUACCAGAUUUCUUUCAUCUGGGCUCCAGAAGGCCAUUUUAAUGGUUCUGAUGUUUUGCUACUGCCAUCAGCAUUGUUACUUGUUCCUUCACUAGUAAAGGGUUGGCCAGUGGGUAAGUUCUGCUUAGCCUUUGUAGUACCACGAGUGAUAGAUUGACCUGGUAGCUGAUCUCAUUGUUGAUUUGGGAUGUAAAGAUAAAACCUGAUAGCAGGGGAGAGAGAAGUUCUGUCUUGCAUAGUAGAAGUGCUGGCAUUACUAUCAAAAUGACCCAGAUCCUUAGCAUACACAGGCUGCUGCCAUCUUAAAUAAUUUUGUGUAGGAUUGGUGUGUAAGUGACUGAACCGAAAAACCCCUGCUGCUUUUAAAAUGCUUAUACUAUCUGUAUUAAAGAAUCUCAAUUUCCUCUGCUUGCUUUGGCACUUUAGGGCAGGGGUAGCCAACAUGGUGCCCCCUGGAUGUUAUGUAUGGGAGUUCCCAUCCUCCUUGACAACUGGCUGUGCUGGCAGGGGAAAAUGGUAUUUGGGGUUGGGGUAACAUUUUAAGCUUUGUCACCUCUCAAAGUGAAAACAUCAUUGUUUUGAUCUCAGCAUAGAGACUAUAUCUAAUAUUACCAUUAAUACGUUAUUGUUAUGCUUUAUACAGGAGGUAGAUCAGCCCAAAGUAUCUAUUACAAAACCAGUUUCUGUUAAGCAAGAGCCUAAGGCUUCCUCAAACCUUCCUUCAGGUAGCAAUAAUGGCAAGCCCAUUGCGGCUGAAAAGGUGAAAAAAGAAGCGGAGAAGAGGUCUGCUGAUAAAGUAAGUUCUACUGCUACAUGUAAAGCAUUAUUUGGAUAGGAAUUUAAAGGGUUACAUAUUUGUAUUUGCAAAAACUGACUCUUUAUUAUUUCUUGCUUUGGGGGGGGUAUUAAUCCUUGUGUAUGAAUGUGUUCUGCUUUGCUAGCUGUGUCCUCUCCAUAGUUAAUUGCUCACUUCUUUCAAGAGUAGGAGCUGUGUGCUUUCUCUUCUAUGCAGAUUGUUUAGUUUUCAAAGGGUGCCCUUUUCCUUGUCUACAAAUUCCUUAGCAGCUUUCCAGUGCUGCAGGCUGACAAGCAAGCAUGUUAAUUUUGCUUGGGCUUUGUUUAUUUUGCCUCGCUUGCAAUCUCACUUUACCCACCACUGUUUUUGACUGCAUGACAGCAGGGCUUCUAUUUAAUGCAAGGCUGUAAUUAAAUCUAGCUGGUGCUAGCAUGGAAAUUAAGAGUAAGAAUGAUGGGCCUGGGAGCAUCUUAGUUCAGCCAUGAAGUUGCUUGGGUAGCCUUAGAUUAACCACUACCUCUCAGCCUCAACAAACUUGCCCCAUUUAUAAUAUGAGGUAAGAAUACUGGUGUUCCAUGCAUACCACGGUAACAAACAGGUAUAGAGGGUUCUUGUUGGAAUGAAGUGCUCUUAAUAAAUCAGGAAAAUCACUUUUAGUAUUCAUAAGUAAGAAUUCAUUUCAUUUUAAGGGAUCUACAAACUUGGUAAGGCAUUUAAUCCAGAAGAUUAAGUUAUGAAUAAUACACCUGAUCUUCAGAUGAUCCAUUCUGCUUCACAUUAUUGGUAAUGGAGUAAGAUCAGAGUAAUACUAAACUAUGAAUCUGCUGGAAGAAAAAGCCUGAGGCACUUUUUCCAAAUGCUUUAAGCAACAACAGCAAAUUACUUUGAUUUCAAUGUGCCAGUACACUUUGGUUCCUUUCAUAGUGGCGAUAAAUACGUUUAUCAGUAUUACUGGACUUCUUUAAUUUUCAGAGCACCUCACAUUCUACAUAAUUUGGAGAUAUGGGGGGAAAGGUUAUGUUAAUGAAUGUAAUGCAUUCUGUAAAUUUUGUGUUAUGCAAUGAACAUGCUUUCUUUCAAUUAUAAACUGAUUUCCUAUUUACUUGCUCGAAGCUUUCAUGUUUUCACCAUCGCUGUGUGUAUAUAUCAUUCAGCAGAUAAAGCUGGAAAGCAGUGAAGGAGUUGACAUGCCAAAGAAACCAAGACUAGAAAAGCCAGAGGCUCGUUCAUCUCCAAUCACAGUACAGACUAGCAAGGAUUUGGCCAUGGCAGACCUUUCAAGUUUCGAAGAAACUAGUGCUGAUGAUUUUGCCAUGGAGAUGGGUUUGGCUUGUGUUGUUUGCCGGUGAGUAUGAGAAAAUUUGGCAAUUGCAGCAGAUUUAUAGGAUGUAAUUGACCAUUUUGUUGUCAAUUCUAAAUAGUCACUUUUCUUUAUAAGCCAAGCGGUAAUUUCUAAUAGGAUUUUCCCAUGGUUCAUGAGACCUAAAAUUUAAACAAUAAAUUAUGUCUGUAGUUUUCAGACUAGCAGCCCAAGCUUGUGCAUGCUCACUUGUAGGUAAAUAUCACUGAGUAAAAAAGGAUUUACUCCCAGGUAAGCAGGUAUAAGAAUGUAGCCUUAAUUCACUUUGUUGUUGUUGUGUUCGUGGUUGGUGAGUGUUUUGUGGGCAUGCAUAGGUUUUGUCUUUAAGCAUAUGGGUAUUCGGGUCUAACUGAAUGUUCAUGCUGCUGUUUUAAUGCGGUAUGAGAAACAGGUUCACAUUGCACAGCAGUAUAUUGCAGACUUAUUAAGUUAAUGGGGGGAAAAGAAAUAUUUGGGUCAAAAUCUGUCCCCUACUGCAGCUACUAAUAUCGUAGUCGCUUGGGGUUUGCAGAAGAUGCCUUUGUGUAAUGCACUGCAUAUCUAUGCAACUUGAAAAUCUUAAAAUCUCAGUUCUCAGGUAUCUUUCAGAUAUUAAAGACUUUUGACUUCACCAAGCAAAGGAAUAGGGCUGUGUUCAGUCUUCAAAUUGCUCGCUUCAGAAGUUCACCCUAAGUAAUCUCAUUGAAUUCUAGGUUACUUCUCUUGAGUAAAUACGACUGAAGGGGGGGGUGGCAACCUGGGCUUAGACAAUUGUUGAAUUUAACUUUAUGUAUGCAUAUAUGCUAACCAGUGGCAUGAAACUGUCAGUAGUAGAAUAAGUAUAAGUAUAAAAACCAUGGUAGUCUGUAGGGAGACCUUAAAUAGCUGUUCUGCUUAACAAAUAUUGUUAAGCCACUGUCUGGUUUCCAAGUGUAACUAAAUAUUCAAAAGCAAAAUGUUCUGUGUGAUUUGCAAGUGACACUUCAAUCCUGUCAAAAUAGAGGAUUUAUUAGGGAGAAACCUAUAUACCUUUUCAAGAACUCUUCUACAUCAUACCAUAUAUAUUAAUGUUACUGUGUUUUAUUUAAGGCAUCAAACUCUUUCAACUGUUUCCAUUUCAAACCAGCUUGAAAUGAAAUUUGGUUUUGACCAUUUUUGUCACACAAAGUUUUUAUGUUUCAUUUGGCGUGGAAUUUUUAAAAUCUCACCACAGUUAUUAUUUUAUAGAUUUAAAAUAUGAAAGUAUGUGUCAUAUAGUUGGAAGAUCUUAAAAUUUUGUGAUCCAGUUUAUUUUUUUAUUUUUUUAAGAAACUGUAGCUGCUCUAUUUAGCAGUCAAGGCUGUAAAUCCUUAGCACAUUUCCUAGGAAGUAAGCUCAGCCUGCUUAGAAUCGCGCUGCACAUACUCCAGAACUGGCACAAGAUUUUUCUGAUUUGUUUUCAAAUUAGCCCACCUUUUAAAAAAAGCUGUUUCUGAAGCCAUCUGAAUAUUAUCUUCUGUCUUCAUUUUCCUGUUAAAUAAAGGAAUAGCGUAUUUCUCUUACCACAUGCACCUGCAAAUAGAGUUUCCAUGGUUACCUAUGUACCUGUACCAUGGGGAUAUGUGCCAGAGCAGCUUAGAAGUAACCUGAUUUGUCAUCUAAAAGUAGUAACGGUUUGGGAAAUUGUGUUUGGCUGACUCCAAGCCAUAUUUCCCUUAACAUAUAGUCUCUAAAUUGUCAUUUAUAUAUUUUUCCAAGAGAAGAACCACCUCCCCUGACAUAGUAGUAACGUUUUAACUGUUAAAAACAUAGCACCUUGACUACUUUGAUCAAAGCUGCUGCUAGAAUUAUCCCAUUUUGCAUAACAAUACAUUAGGAUAAUGCCUUUUAAUUCUGUAUGCCUUCUUUCCCCCUUUACAUCCUGUGCAAACUUCCUGGGUGCCAUCUAGCAGCGGGCAGACUUCCACUCACAGAGAGGGACUUCUUUUCCUCUUUGUCACAUUUUAGGUCCCUGUAUGUCCCCAAAAUCUGCUCCAGCCGGUUGGGGGUGACCCAGGAGCAGAUUUGGGGGCCUGCAGGAGGCAACAAAGGGAAGAAGAGAAAGGGGAAGUACUGUUGUGCAAGAUGGAGUCUGUUGCACAGUCUUGCUCACAUUGUAGUCUCUCACUGUUUCUUUUUGGAGGUCUUCUUUUUUAAUCUGUCAUUAUUCUAAGAUUUGGCUCUUCUUCCACAACUAAAUCAGUUUUUUGUUGUAAUUGGGCUCUCCUUGCUCUAAUGUCUUCCAUUAUCUAAAUGGACUGGAUCCAGUCUUCAAACUGUAUAACUUGUGUUGACAGUUUGGACAAUUUUCUUCCCAGUUAGAUUUACAUAACUCAGAUAGUAGCAGUCAGCACUGAAUACAAGAGUAAUAAAAUAAGAAUUAGUCAUGAUAGUAAUAGUUCAGUUUCUAUCUUACUUUGCCGCUUUGGAAACAGCUGACCUUGGUACAGAUACUUCAAUGACUGCUUGAUAUGACUCUGGGCUCAAGGCCAAACCUGCUUUGGGGAAAGAAUAUAUUUCUCUCCCCCUCCCCCUUUUUUAUUAUGAGGAAAUCAAAAUAGCUAUACUUUUUAUAUAAAUGAUUUGGUAGCAUAAUAGCACAUCUAGAGUGGAUAAAGUCUGCCACAUAGAUCUGGAGAUUUUUGUGAAGGGCAUCUUCCAAAAAAUUUUUUUUUAAGGAACCCUUUGUAACUUCCUUAUUUUUUGGCAGAAUUGGAUGAAAUUUGCAGACAUCCUGAGGACUUUUAUGGAAGACUCAAUCUAUCCUAGUAUUUUAUGGGCAAUUUGUAUGAAACCAUCUUAAAUGAGAGAGGUACCCAUUGGUAAUAAACCAAGUAUAUCUAGUGCUUUUCAUACUACACAGCUUUUUAAACUUGAUUUUUUGGGGGGAGGUGAAAAGUAAAGAGAAUAAUUUUCUUCCCGGUGGCUUUGUGGUCAGCAAUUCAUUAUUAGUGUAUCUAGGUACACAGAGCAAGCAAAAUGUUUUGAGUUAGGGAGCAGGCUGGCACUGGCAAGUUUCCUCCUUUUGUACAGAAACAGGCUUGCCAGGGCAUAUCCUGUUCUCUGAGGAAAGAUCCUAUAAUCCUUAGCUUCUUUUUCGCUUCUUUUUCGCCUCAUACCCACUUUUAGAUGGUUUAGGUUCCUCAGAGUUGGGGCCAUCUUCUGAAUGUAGGCUUCAUUGUAAUGCACAUGGAUGUUGUUCUGCUGAGAAGUAUUAAGAAUAGCCCUUUGGAGGCAGCUUUGCAAACACCCAGACUCUGUUUUGAGAGGAAAUGUUAGCUGUUUGACAGUGGAACGGACUCUCCUCCCCCCACUCGUGAGGUGGUGGACUCUGCUUCCUUGGAGGUUUGGAUGGCCAUUUGUCAUGUAUGAUUUAGUUGAGAUUCCUGCAUCGCAGGGGGUUGAACUAGAUCAGGAGUCAGCAAACUUUUUCAGCAGGGGGCUGGUCCACUGUCCCUCAGACCUUGUGGGGGACUGGACUAUAUUUUGAAGGGAAAAAAUGAACGAAUUCCUAUGCCCAACAAAUAAUCCAGAGAUGCAUCUUAAAUAAAAGGACACAUUCUACUCAUGUAAAAACACGCCGACUCCGGGACCGUCCGCGGGCCGGAUUGAGAAGGCGAUUGGGCCAGAUCCGGCCCCCAGGCCUUAGUUUGGCUACCCAUGGACUAGAUGAACCUCAGGGUCCCUUCCAACUCUACAAUUCUCUGACUCUUGGGCCGUACAUUUUGUGCUUUGCAGACAAAUGACGGUUACUUCAGGAAAUCCAUUAGUAGAGUGCCAGGAAUGUCAUAAUCUCUACCAUCAAGAUUGCCAUAAACCUCAAGUGACAGACAAAGAAGUGAAUGAUCCUCGCCUAGUGUGGUAUUGUGCUCGAUGUACCAGACAAAUGAAAAAAAUGGUAAGAUGUUUCCCCCCUUAGAAUAAUUGAUAGCAUGCACUGAGCCACUAAUUGGGUUCUUUAAGUAAGGAAUUUCUUGACUAAAUAUAAAAAGGGGAAUUAGAAGGGAGGAGGGUUGAUGGAAUACAUUUUCCCCCUAUAUUGAUUUAUUGUCAAGUAAGAAAUGCCUUAAUAAAUAGUUAUAUAUGCUUUUUGAAGUCUGCUGGUGUAUUUUUAGCUGCUGCUGUAUUGAUUUUUAUAUCUUAAUAUUUCCCAUGCCAAAGGUAGGUGUUUGGAUUACAAAAAAUGUAAAAGUCAGGCAAGGUCAUUGGAGCACGGGAAGAAGGAAUCAGCUAAAUGAAUCAAUAACCCCCUACUCUGUGCACUUAUGUCCUGAAUGGAUUGCUCUCUGCAAAUUAUCUUUUAAGUAAGAGAAAGUAACAAAUAUUGGGCUACAUUAACCAUCUUUAGCUCCUGUAGAAUCUUUAUCUUUCAUAGAAGAUGAAAGGCUUCUGUUUCAUUGCUUCUCUCUGGGGACAUACCAUUUUGUAUGUUAAUUGAAGAUAUGGGAAGAAUAUACAAUUCCUGCAAUUUUAAAAGUUGGUUAAUAGAAGGAACAUUUCAGUGUUAGAAAAAAAUGCACUUCUCGUAACUUUAAUUUAAAAAAAAAAAACAACCAUGAAAGAAUCACUCAAAUUACAGAUAAACUCCUGUAUCUUACUUUUGAAAUCAUAUAAUACUUAGCUUAGAUGCUAAUGUCCACUUCAGCAAUUGUUUGAGGCUUCAUUAAUUGCUGUUUAUGAAGCCAUGAAUGAGCUUUGGAGCUAAGAACUCAUCCCCUUGCCCAUUUUCUCCCUUCCAUCACAUACUAACUUUAGUGCAAAGAUCCUGGCUUGCAUUAGGACAGAGGUGCCAGUUACAUCUGAACCAGCUUAGCAUUAGGUUAACAAACCAGGAAACCAUAAUCUGAACUGGGCCAUUGACUGAUAAAACAGCAAUAUGACCUAGUCUGUUUAAAAAACAAGCAAACUUUGUAAUGUUAAAAAAUUUAAAUGUUGACUUAUUUCUUCCUAGAUUGCACCAGCCAACAAAUGUACUAUUUGAAGGACCUCAUCCUUUAAUAUGUUGGGAUGGGGUGUUGACAUUUGAAUGGGAAUUGCACUGCUCAUUGCAUUUGCUAUUCUGCAAUUAGGAAUACAUUCAUAUAACCCUGUCUUUCUUAUGACUUGUUUGACUUUUGUGAUUGAUGCCAAAAGAGCAAAACCAGACCUAUUAUUAGAAUCCACCCCAUACUAGUUUUCCAGUUCUGUUUCCUUUGACUAAAUGCUUCCACCUUACCCACUUGUACUUUUUCCAUUUUCCUUGCCAUUCUUGCUGCUCUUUUCCCAAAGUUGAGUUCUUGAUUUAUGUGCCCAUUCUCAAACCUUUUAUUUCCAUGCAGCUUAAAAUUCCACACUCAUUUUUGUUUCAACUGUUUCUCAUGUCCAGUGAUGAAUAUUUCCAUUGACAUUGCUAAGGCAUUUCAUUUUGUUUUUAAUUCCAUAUAAAGAAUGAUAACAUGUGUAAUUUAUACAGGCUCAGAAAACGCAGAAGCCUUCUCAGAAGCCAGCCCCUGCUGUAGUUUCAGUGGCUCCAGCUGUGAAAGACCCGCUGAUAAAAAAACCAGAAAUUAAACUAAAGAUGGAGACAACGUCAACUUUCCUAGCUUUUAAGAGGACAGAAGUCAAGGUACAGUACAUUUGUUUUGUGGAAAAAAUAAGUUAUUUUAUUGUGUUUAGCACAGGUCUCUCUCCCCCCCCCCCCCCCAAUAUCACACAAACCUCUUUAGAAUCCAAAACUGAAGCACUUUUAUUUUACACUACUAGUUUGUCCAUAAUUCUGAAUGGGUGAUAAAAUAUCUCUUCCAUUUGGAUAGCAGCCCUCAAUAAAAUACUGAAUUCAUCCUUUCUAAUUUAUAAGAAUCAUUUUGUGUUUGAUUUGGUAGACUGAAGGGGUAAUCUGCGUUUCUUCUGAGGCUUAGAUAAGAUGUAAGAAUAAUUUUGGCUGUUCUUUUCAUCCCACUUGUGGGGAAUGCAGAUAGGUUGGAAGGGCCUAAUUGAUUUAUACUGGAAUUUAUAAAUCACUUUUCCACUUCAGACUGAUAUAUAAUAAAAUAAUUAAAAUUCAGUUUUGAACAGUUGAAAUAAUAAUUAAAACUAAAACUAGUCUUAUCUCACUAUCAGCUGAAGAAGUGAUGAAAACAAGCCAGGGGGAUAGCUCACAGAGACUGUAAUAAAAGCCUUGGCUUCUGCUAUUGGCUUUCUGGAUUAGGAAGCUUUCCAAGGCUUAAGCUGACAAGCUCCAAGGCUGCACAGCUUCAUUUUUUCCAAAGCUUAAGGGCAUCGCUGGGCUUGCCCACCAGUAACUGAAACCUUACAGAAUCCCUGUUUUGUUUAAGCUGAAAUUAGUAUGUAGGAUUUUUGAACGAAUGGAAAAGAGGACUUUUUAAGCCAAUCUAAUAUUGUAGUGUAGCAUAGUCAAAAUUGCAAAUCAAUUCAGACCUGGAGGCAGGGGGGAAAGAUUUAAUUUUCAAAGAGUUCUCUAAUAACACGUGUAAUUAUUGACCCAUUUCCGAAUCAAUCUGUUGGGAGUUUUAAGAAAUGAUCUUUAGAAACAAAGAUCAAGAAGUUCAACAUUGCCAUGUUCUUAUACAGCAUCCAUUCAUUUCCAUGGGAAAUUGUGCGGCAGAAUUCCUAGCUGAUUGUGCCCAAAGUUUGUGCAAGUGUGAUCUAUGUUGAGCCAAAGUGUAGAUGAGUUCUUUAGUAGGUUUUUCAUGGUGAUUGCCUUCCAAACAACUUGUUAGAAGCCUGGGCAAAUAUUUGCAAGGCAUUGCAGACAGCCAACUUUACUGUCUAUUAAAGCUAAAUGGAAGCAAUUCCCUUUUUCAAAACAUGCAAAACAGAUGAAGUCUGUAUCUGGGAAUUCACAUUUGUUGUCCUGAUAACAGCAAUUUCAGGUAACAGAAGAAUAGCCAUGGAUUAUGUUUAUCUUUUUAAUUCCCAAGUGCUGAAGUUUCUUAGGUCCUUUAGAUUGUUUUGUCAUUUUUACAUCCGAGUGAAGGAUCAUUGUGCUUAUUUAAUUCUUAGGUAAAAAUGUUGGUGUUGUCUUAAGCUGGAGAAUUAAGAUAUUCCUGCCGCUUUGUGCCCUCUGGUUUUUUGAUCAAGGUGAUUUGGGAUAAUACACUACUUCCUAGAUUCUGCUGUUUCAGUGUAUCUGAAGAAGCGUGCAUGCACACAAAAGCUUAUACCAAGAACAAACUUAACUAGUCUUUAAGGUGCUACUGGACAUUUUUUUAAUAUAUUACACUACUUCCUUGUUGAUUUAUUUUCUAAUACCAAGAAUGUGAAAAAUAUUAUUCAUGCUGGUCUGUGUUCUGCAAGGAUCAGCUUUAACUAAUGUGGAGUUUGUAUUGGUCUUUAUUUUAGACUUCGGCAGCUAUUUCUGGUAACUCCAACAGUGCCAACGUUUCCUCCUCGUCAACCAGUGGCCUUACAGGAUGGGCAGCUUUUGCAGCAAAAACAUCCUCCGCAGGUCCAUCAACAGCCAAGUUGGGAUCCACAACCCAGAGUACUAGCAGCAAGCCAGCUACUGCCUCAAAUAAUCAAAAACCUGUGGGUUUGUCAGGGUUGGCGACAGCCAAAGCAGGGCUAGGCUCAAAAAUAGCAACGCCUAACAGUGGCACAACCCCUGUUCCGUUUAAGCCCCUGCCCCCUCUCACGUUGGGAAAAACAGGUCUCUGUCGUUCAGUUAGCAGUGACAAUGUAAGCAAAAUAGGGCUCCCAAGUCCAAGCAGUUCAGCUCCAAGUAUCAGCCAGGCUGCUGGUGGAAACGGAAGUGGUGGAACAGCAGGCAGCAGUGGGAGCAGCACCAGCAAAGCAAAUGCAGAAUCUGGCAAUCAAUCCCCUUCUCUGAAGGGUCCUACUUCUCAAGAAUCACAACUCAACGCUAUGAAAAGGUUACAGAUGGUAAAGAAGAAAGCUGCUCAAAAGAAGCUAAAGAAAUAAUAGAAGUAUCUGAUGAAGUGCAAGCAUGUCUCUGGGAUCAGUUGAACAAGAGAGUAAUAAAGUCCUAUAAUAAAAGCUACAAUCAGAUGUCUUUAUUUGGUGGCAGCAGUUGUGCUUACAAGUCGAAGCAGAAUUGGAUUUUCAGGUAAUGCCAUAUUCUGAACCUGCUUUAGACCCGAAGCCUAAGAGUAUGAACUAUUUCUUUAAAAUAUUUCAAUAAAAAUAUUGUUUG